ACGGCACAUGACUAGCCGGCGACAAUCAAAGCAGAGCAGCGCGCGUCGAUGGCGCACCUGCCGAGAUCCGUCCUCUACCCAAACGGAGAACCUAGUCGUGCUGCACAAGUUGGAUCGAGCUCGUCGUCAAAUCCAGAUCUCGGCCGUCGUUUUCCGACGGGAUCCUCGAGCGGUGGCGCCGGAGUUCCGUCGGCGCAACCAAAUCGAAGUACCUACAACAACCCUCCUGUGUAUUUCACUCAUGACCCGGAGAUUGAAGAAGCUGCUCCAUCGGGUUUUGUUGCUGACAACAUCUUGAGGGGUUUUGAUCUGAACAAUGCUGCACCAGAAACAAGUUCUGCACCAGAAAGCAGUGCUGCUGGAAAAUUUGUACCAGGACCUCACAGUGGCUGGUUCUGCUGCAAGUGUAGCUCAGGAUUAUGA